AUGAAAAAUAUCACCAAGCCAGUGGAACGGUUUCAGUCCCCUCUCAGCACACAAGCGUGCAUUUACAGAAAGGUUUCAAAACCUUUGAUGGAGAAAAAAAGAAGAGCUCGGAUCAACGAAUGCCUGGAGCAGCUGAAGUCUCUACUGGAGGAACAUUACUCCAACAACAUCAGGAAACGGAAACUAGAAAAGGCCGAUAUUUUGGAAUUAACAGUGAAACAUCUGCGGGAUUUGCAAGGUGCGCGCAAAGGAGUUCUGAUGCUGACCCAGGAAGGAGUGGCCGAAUACCAAGCUGGAUUCCGGAGCUGCUUGAACGGGGUCAGCCAAUAUCUGCUCCGAAGCAAAAGCACAGACGAGCAUUUGCGCCUGGGAGUGCUGAACCACUUGGUUAACGCCUUCCCUGUUUUCUCCGGCUCCCGUUUCAGCACCGCGGACAGCGGCUGCAGGGUCGAAGCUGUGCCGUCGCCCCGGGCUCAGGCCGCCCACUUCCAAGUGGUCACCCCGCCGCCGGGCGAGCUCUCUCCUGCCUUCACCCGGGUGAAUAGCCCUGCCAAGCCCACCUCUCCUCCCCACUUAGCUAGAAACAGCAGCCAGAAGAGGCCAGUGGAUGAGAUCAGAUCGGAUGAUAAGGAAACGGACAAGAUUUCCAAUUCGGAGCCAGCAAGAGUCCAACAGUUACCAUCUCUUAUUCCUCAGAGUGAACGGCCCGCUGACAAUGUACUUUCCCCUGAUUCAGAAACUCUCUGGCGGCCUUGGUAG